UUGAAUUUUUCUCCUCUCCACCAAGUCCUUUCCUUUCAGUUUCCUGUAAAGUAAUUAUUACCCCUACCAAUAUUUUAUUGUUUAAUUUUUUUGAAACAAUUAAAACGUGUUUAAUAUAAAGUUGUGGAAAAGUCUAUUCAACAUGAAGAGAUGGCAGUGCUGUUUUGAAGACAACAAAAGCUGAGGGUAGUAAUUUCCUUUAUCUACCCUGCCUUAUCAUCUAUACCAUUACAUUCACAUGUUCCUUCCUCAUGUAUCCUUUUUUCUUUUCUUUAUACCACUUGUCUUCUAACACACUCUCCAUCUACCAGAAAUAGUUGAACUCUCCAUUUUUAGUUUCAUAUUACAAUUUUAUAGAAUAUUUGUGGGGAUUUUCUUGUCGGAAAAUAUGUCAAAGGCGCCUGAGAGAUCGAAUUUUCUGCUGACUUGUAACUUGUUGAGUCAGUUUAUUAAAGGGAAAGCUACUAUUAGAGAUCUGAAUCUUGGAAUCCCCGGAAAAACUGAAACUGCAACUAUGGAUUUAUUGACCGUCAUGGAAAAACCAUCUAUUGAUCUAACAAAAGAACAAGAACAACAAUCCAUAGAUCCCGUUGCAACAGAGUCUUCUAGAGAGAUGCAGGUCGCCGUAAAUGAGCCCAGCACGAGCAAAGAGGCACCAAAGGAGCCUAAGGCGGCCCAAUUGACUAUGUUCUAUGAUGGUAAAGUGAUCGUUUUCGAUGAUUUUCCAGCUGACAAAGCUAGAGCAGUGAUGUUGUUGGCUAGUAAAGGAUGUCCACAGAGUUCAUUUGGCACUUUUCAAACUACCACCAUCGACAAAAUUAACCCAUCUGCUUCUUUGACAAGUAAUAAAACUGAUUUUGUUGCACCACAACAGCCGCAGCAGCAAAAGCUCCCUGCUUCUUAUAGUCAAAAAACUGAUCCGCUUAAGCCGGGUUCUAGUUUUGCUGCACCGCAACAGUACCAGCAGCAGCCGGUCCAUGUUUCUAAUAGUACUAAAGCUGAUCAGCUUAAGCCCGGAACGAUUUCUUCUGCACCCCAAAAACAGCCGGAACAACACCAGAAAAUCCAGUCACAGACUGCCGGAACUAGCAGCAGCUCCGAGCUACCUAUUGCGAGAAGAUCUUCACUACAUAGGUUUCUUGAGAAGAGGAAAGAUAGGGCAACUGUUAGAGCGCCAUACCAAGUUGUACAUAAUAAUCCAUUACCGUCAUCUUCAAAUAAUAAUGGCGAAUCAUCUUCCAAGGAUUGUGAAGAUCAGCUUGAUCUCAAUUUCAAGUUAUAGUCAAAACUCCACUCUCACAGUUGCAGUUCCAUAAGCUUUUUUUUUAGUUGACGAUUGGAUAAGAUAGUAUUAAAUAUAUAUUUAGAUCAGUGAUUUGAAGAUUUUUUUCCAGCACAGUGUAGCUUACAGAUCCUCUUUCUUGUCUUGAUUAUUGUUUAUUAAUAUUACCAACCGAAUGUUUUUGACUUUUUCGAUUAUUAAAUAGAACGCGUAAUUAAUUA